UCGCCGGAUUCUGCGCAGAGUAUUGACAGGCAAAUCGCGGAUUUUUUUCUCCAAGUCCCGGUGUUCACGGUGCCGACAAGAUUUGUGGAAAAAUCUCUAGGGAAAUACCUCUGAAUCCAUCCGUAAUUUUGUCAGUAGUUCAUUCAGCUGCCAUUCACUGGAGAAACAAUGAUGCUGGCAAGAGUACAAAACAUCCUCAGGGCAAUGGAGUCUUCCAGGAGCUUCACAACGGUGGCGGCUCACGUGAAAAAAGGUGACAUUCUUGAGGUCACCAGACGCAUUUCUCAGGGCGACGUCGAUCGAUUUACUCGUGUUAUCGGAGACAAGAACCCCAUUCACUCAAGUGACCAACCACCUGAACAUCGUCUCAUUCCCGGUUCGCUCCUCAAUGGAAUCGUCUCUGGACUAGUGGGAAGUCAAUUACCCGGUCCCGGAAGUAUCCUUGUCUCACAGAAACUGUCCUUUCCACACAAAUGCGUCGUGGACAAGGACAUCAACAUCCGCAUUGAAGUAGCCGAUCUCAGGAAGAUCAUCACAGUGACCUAUGAAUGCUAUCAAGACAAGAAAAUUGUCUUCAAAGGCGAAGCCAAUCUUAUGCACAAGGAAGUUUAAAAAAGAAUAUCCGGAAGUUGAUGUUUAACACAAUUAUUCUCUUCUCAACUUGCAUUUUAACCCACUUUAUGCGCCCAAUUACUUAAUGUUUGUAAUAAGAAUGUUUUAUUUUUCGAAUAGCCGUGAAUUUUGCUAAUGUUGCAAUAUUCCAAUUCUUUGCUUAUUUUUUGUUGUCUCGACUUUUUUUUCUUGAAUAUUGAUGGUAUUUUCCGUAUUUUCCCUACCAAAAAAAACUGAAUGUGGAGGGAUCAUUCUUUCAAUUGAUAUAAAAUACCACUUUUUCGUGGUGGGAAGCAUUAAUUAGAAGUAGAAGUGAAAGAUAGUGAUCAUCAUGAAGACAUCUCAGGUGAUUAGUUUGUGUCUGUUGGUGGUAGUUUUUGGACAAUCAUCAGGGAUGACAACAGGGAUUGGAGCAAAAAACCUAACCAGUCUCCUGGGUGGAAGAAAUCUCAUCGGACAUACAUCUUUCAAGGAAUCCCUGCAAGAACUCCAGCAGCAACUUCAGGUGAAUGAAAUUGAACGACAUCCCUGCAGCUGUGCUGUCUUCCUAUCUGGUCAAUUUACAAAGGGAUCCAAGGAAGCCCCAAGGGGAUCACCAGCUCUAAUUCACGAGCAUGAGGAGACUUUCCAAUGUACCCUCCUUGGACUGAAGCAGUGCACAAAUUGGUGUCUUGAAUCGCUGGUCAAACAUCUUCCAAAUUCCGGACCACUCCUCUGUGCUGCCAUCGAUCGCGAUUGUCACAAGGAACGCGCCUACUUAUUUGUGGAGAACUGCAAUGGCACGUGGAUCAACACAAACUUUUCAGCAGGACGAGAAUACUGCUGCAAAGAUGGUGUCCCCUACAAAUGUCCCCUUCUACCCUCAAUCACCGCAGGAAAAUCUCUCUAAUCCCAAAGGACAUCCCCAGCAUUUCCUUCCAUCGUCAUCUUCUUAAUUUAAGGCAUUUCUACUAUAACUUUUUCUAUUAUUUUUUUUUACUCUUCUUCAUGUUUAGCACCUGCUAGAGUCAGUGAUUGUUUGAAAAGAGAACAGCAAAAAUAAAGAAAAACUUUGUUGUUAA